AUGGCACCCUGGAUGGGUAAAAUGGCCACCCGGCUGGAGCUCUUCCAGCACAGGGGUCUGGAAGAGCUCCAGCGGGGACGCUGCCAAGAGCUUAGCCAUGGUGUUGAACCUCUAAGAGUAGCGGUCUUCGAUCGUGAGAUCAACUGCCGCCGGGCGGCGGCCGCGGCGGUGCAGGAGAACGCGCCAACGGCCUGGAUGCGCCACGCGCCUGGACGUUUUGAGCUUCGGGUGGACCUCGCCGCCGAGGACGUGGUGACCAUCGCCGACUACUGGACGCUCUCGGUGCGCCGGAUGGCCUACCUCGAGGUCGCGCCGCAGAUCGCCGGGUUGGGCUCUGGAGGCUAUCGGAAGGCGUUGAUCGAGCACCUGGUGGAGAAGAAGCUGCCACACCAGGACCCAUCAAAGGACAUGCAGAUCCGUUUGCUGUCUGCGCAGGCGUUGGCGAAACUGGCCGACACUGCCUCUGAGGAGCCGACCUCGCCCUCAGUGAUCUCGUCGUUAUCGUCGUAUGUGCCGGCGGGUGUCACGACGGUGGUCAGGGAGACCUUGGAGCUGUUGAACUCCCACGUUCUCCCUCGGCUCCUGGCACGCUGCCACGACGCCCAGUCCACGGUGCAAGCGAAGCACGGCGCGGUGGAAGGUGCUGCGGAGCUGGUUCAGGAGAGGGUCUCAGCUGAAAACCAGCAACAGAUCCGCAACCUGGUCCCUGCGCUCGAGAAGGCGCGCGCCUACCGAGGCCGUGGGGGUGAAGUGAUUCGCCAGGCCGCCUGCCGUGCCUCGGACGGAGCAGAGAGACUGAAGAGAGACGAGUCGACCGAGGAGCAGGUGGAUCUUUCUGGGCAACCAACUUGCGAUCUCACCAACUUGCUGCGACACCGAGUCACCUCCACCUCGCUCUCGCUCCGUCACUGGCUACCUCGCGGGGACUCGCCACGGGACGCGUCGCCACGGGACGCGUCCCGUGGCGCGUCCCGUGGCGCGAGCGGAGGUUUGUUGGGAACGAUUGCUGGGACCUCCUGGAGCUUCAAGGAGGCCACGGCGCAGCGCUAUCUCCAGACCCUGGAGGAAUGCAGUCGCCACACCACCGAUGCCAUCCAGGAGAGGAGCUGGACGGGUGGAGGGAAGAGGAAAAGAUGUAGAAUAGUUCCCUACUGGAAGUACUGCUGGAGUACUGUAGUCGCUGCCUCUGAAGCCUUCCAGGUUUUAGCCGAGAAGCGAUUGUCGGAGGAGCUGAUGAUGAAAUCUGUGGAGAGCCUCCGAAAGCCCAACGAGACCAUCGCCGCGCGGCGGGGCUACGUGCUCUGCCUGGGCGCGCUCCCACGGACCAGCGCUGCUCGCUGCGCUGGCCCGGCGUGGCGCCUGCAGGUUCUGGAGGCCUUGACGAAGGAAGCACUGAACCAAGAUCUCCCAGGCGGCAAGGAGCAGGAGGAGAUCGACAUGGAGUGGGAGGGGGGGGACCCCACGACGCGGCAAUAUGCGGUGCUGGCCCUCGGGUGCCUGUGCAUCGGUGCUUCGCUGAGCAGUGAUGAGGUGGCUGUGCUGCUGAGAGCGCUGCAAGGCACCAUGAAGGAUUAUGCCACCGACCGACGCGGAGAUGUGGGGUCGUGGGUGAGGGAGAUUGCGAUGGAGGUCAGCGUGGCGUUGCUGGAGCAGCGAGUGACGGACGGGGCACCAGAGCUGCCGGACACAUCGACGUCCACGCAGUUGAUGGCCUUGGUUCUGCAACAGGCAGUGGAAAAGAUCGACCGACUAAGGGAACGAGCAUUUGGACUCUUGCGGAGGCUUUGCACCGCGCCCGACGGCGCCGUCGGGCUGCGCGACGCCUACCGCCGCGUCCUGCACGGCGAGGCCUACGACGCCGCGGCAACGGCGGGUCGCGGCGCGGCCGCGGGCGGUGCCGCGGCGCGUGCGGCGGCGGCCUGGCCGCCGGCAGAGUUGAAGGUGAUCGGUGAGUGCGUGGCGCAAAGCUGUAUCGAGGCCACGCCCAUGGCGGAGCCGACCCAGGCGGAUCUGCAACAAGAUCGAAGCUCUGCGGUCUUCGAGGCUCUCGCGCCGCUGGCGGCGCUGGACGCCUAUCGACCCGCGAUCUUGAAGGGCAUCGUUGUCUCGGUGGGCGGCAUCACCGAGCAUACCGCCAAAGAUGCAAAGCGAGCCUUGCUGAAGCAGCUGAACAGUGGCACCUUGACGCGGCAGGAUCUGGGUGCUGAGCUCCUAAAGCUGUACGACUCGGUGUCCAUCCGCGACAGCGACCCCGAAGCGAAACGCUUGCUGGCGCCACUGAUGAACACUGUGGGAGUACUGCUGGCACAGGACGCUUGGCCGGAAGACCUGGCGUCGGAGCUGGGGCGCCGCGCGAGCGCCGCGGUGGAGCGGAGCAAAGACCCGCAGCGCCUGAAGAGCGCCAUCGCCGUGUUUGUGGGGCUGCUGCGCUGGCCAAGUGUGCGGAGAGAGUCCUUGCUGAUGUUGCUGCAGUUCCUGGGCUUCAGCUUUCCAACCGUGCGGCAGGCCACCGCUCAGGCGUUGUACAUCUUCUUCUUGGAAGAGGGUGACCUGGAGUUGCCCGCCGCUUCAAACGUCGAGGCCUCUCAGACGGUGAGCCACGUGGAGAAGGAGGAGAUUUCGGAGAUCAUCUCCUUAACGCCCUGGGCCACCGACGAGCCACAGACCUUAGAGGCAGCUCUGCGCCAGGUCUAUGGGAAGCUGAAGUUGGACUUGCCGGAGGGGGGCCGGUCCAUGGUGGCCAAGAAGAUCGAGAUCCAGCCUCGGAGAGAGGUGAUGUUGGACAGCCGAAUACCCAAGGGUGAUAACUUUACCGAUGAAGAGCCAGAGGACAAUGUCAAGUGGUGGAGAAAGGCAGUGCAGCACACGCGGGUCUUUGCACGGGUCUCGCCCAUCCACAAGCAGGUCAUUGUGCAGGCCUAUCAGAAGUACGGCUACAAUGGCAUUGGCGAUAUCGUGGCGAUGACUGGAGAUGGCGUCAAUGAUGCACCAGCCCUGAAGCAAGCGGAGGUGGGCGUGGCCAUGGGACAGCGAGGAACUGAAGUGGCCAAGGACGCCUCGGACAUUGUGCUGCAUGAUGACAACUUCUCCUCGGUGGUCAAGGGCAUGGAACAAGGACGGUUGUCGAGCGAGAACUUGCAGAAGUCCAUCAUGUACACGCUUUGUUCCAAGGUGCCUCAAGUGGCUCCCACCUUCGGUGAGCUCUUUGGGGUUCCGCAGGCUCUGACUGUCGCCCAAGUGCUUCUGAUCGACAUUGGCACUGAUAUUUGGACGGCGAUCGCCUACGCUCUCCAACCCGCAGAGUCCAAGUUGAUGGAACGACCUCCGCGACAUCCCAGAUACGAAAAGAUGGUGAACUGCAAGGUUCUCGUGUAUAGUUAUGGCUACAUCGGACAGCUGCAGAUGCUCUUUUGCUGGCUGAUGUUCUUCUGGGCGACGCCGGGCAUGUGGGACUUGUACCUCUCUGGGAAGAGUCCCAACGACUAUGUGGCACAGGACUUCAAGACUGACACGAUGGGCAUGACUGUGUAUUAUUGGACGCUGGUCCUGGGACAGAUUGCUGCGGCAGUGUCUACGACGACCAAGCUACAGAGUGUCUUGGGCUUUGGAACGGCACCGUACUGCUUCCCGAACAGCACGCUGAAUCUGAUGUUCGUGGGCGAAAUCGUGAUGGGGCUCGCGGCCAUCUACUGCCGUCCCAUCCAAGAAGCUUUUAAGACAGGAUGGAUUCCCAUGAGAGCCGUCCUCCUACCCGUGGUGGCCUUUAUAGGUAUCACCAUAGUGGAUGAGAUCCGGAAGAUGAUGGGUCGCAGUUGUGAAGAGUCUUCUUCCUCUUUGCCUCGAUCGUAG